CGACAUGGAGCCGACCGACCUCCAAUGACGCAGCAGCUCUUGCUCCUCCUCUUCCAUCUUCCACACUGCAGGUUCUAGAAGCUCAAUCACCGCCCAUCUGAACACUCCAAGUACACAUACCACUGUCACCACCGCCUGCAUCGCUGUUGCCGCCCACCAUGCAGCGCAUCGAGCCCCGAGCGGACCCCGCUGCUGAGCCCCAUGACUCGCAACAACACUCCACCACGACCACCACCAAAACCGCCCUCGAACAACGCGGCGGCUGGACGCUUCCCUCCGGCUUCGCCAGCACCGGCCGCGAGUCUCACACGCAAUCUUUCGAAGAGAUCUACGGCGUACCCGAAAACUUCCUCGAAAUCGAAGUCACCGAUCCUCAAACACACCAACCUACAUCCAGUCCUAACUCCCGCUACACCACCUAUCUCAUUCGAUUGAGCACCAAUAUCCCGGCCUUCAAGCUCCGACGGUCUGAAGUGCGAAGAAGAUAUUCGGACUUUGAAGUGUUCCGCGAUCUAUUGGAGCGCGAAUCGGCGCGAGUUAGUAUUCCGCCGCUGCCUGGCAAGGUCUAUCUGAAUCGAUUCGACGAUGCGGUGAUUGAGGAGCGAAGGAAGGGACUGGAGAGAUUCUUGAGGAUUGUAGUGGGGCAUCCGCUUUUGCAGACUGGGAGUAGAGUGCUGGGAGGAUUUGUGCAAGAUCCGAAUUGGGACCGCAAUGCGUGGUAAUUGUCAGAGGACAAGAGCAUGGAGAUAUCAGAUCUCGGGAGGGAGAAUGGAGAGCCCGUGCAAAUAGCGGGAGCCAGGCAAGAGGAGUUAUCGAGUGAAAGGAAAGCGAGGCUUUUAUCUGAUGGGACAAACAUGAAUGAGAGACGAAAUGUACGUGUUAUUCAAGCGAGCGUUCAGUUUCGUGAUUUACUCUAGGGCAAGUCUAGUGGCAAUGCACAUUUUCUUGCCGCAUGCAUUACUGCUUCCACGCA